AAACGCGAUUGAAAACGGGCAGCUAUGCCGCGCGCUGCAGAAAACGGGCUGGACUCGUCCGCUUGGAACAACGGUCUCUGUACCGGAGGACUGACCCGGGGACUGCGGGACCGGGAGGCUGCUGCUGCUGCUCCUGCUGCUGUCAGGCGUUAACAACGAUUCUUUCCCCGGGGAUAACCACCUCCACCUCCUCCUCCUUCUCCUCCAUACCCUCCUCCUCCUCCUUCUCCUCCUGAAGCCGCGGCGCUCGACGACUCGGCUCCUGCUCCCAUUUCCCCCCCCCUUGCUCCUCUCCUCUGCCACUAGAGAGACUUCCGAGGCAUCAGCAAUGUUGCUGCUAAGCGCGUAGGAUUUAUUUAUUCCCGUUGUCCGCUCGUUUUUGCGUCGACUGUAAAUAACACUGAGCUCAGACAGACAGCCACUCCAGCGGGGUUCACUAUGGUUUUACUGGCGCUCCGCACCAGGAGAUGUCUUAAUAGCUGCUGUAUGGGGACGUUAUGCUUGCAGUUGUUGCUGUGGAUUUUAUGCGCCGUGAACGGAGAGGAGCAGCCGUUCAGUGUAGAGGCAUGGCUCCAGAGGUAUGGCUACCUCCCUCCUGCAGACCCCAGAAUGUCAGUGCUGCGUUCUGCUCGAGUCAUGCAGUCUGCUAUCGCUGCCAUGCAGCGCCGCUACGGCCUAAGUGUCACAGGGACUCUGGACGAGAACACUAUAGAUAGAGAUACCACAGUAAGAUGGAUGAAGAAGCCCAGAUGUGGCGUUCCUGACCAGAUAGGGGGUGCGUCCAAAUUCAGCGUCAGGAAACGGCGGUACGCCCUUACGGGACAGAAGUGGCAACACAAACAUAUCACAUACAGCAUAAAGAACGUGACACCCAAAGUGGGCAUUGAGGAGACCCACGACGCCAUCCGGCGAGCCUUCGACGUGUGGCAGAACGUGACGCCGCUGCGCUUCGAGGCCGUGCCCUACAGCGAGCUGGAGAGGACCAAGAAGGACGUCGACAUCACCAUCAUCUUCGCUUCAGGUUUCCACGGCGACAGCUCGCCCUUCGACGGCGAGGGGGGCUUCCUGGCGCACGCCUACUUUCCGGGGCCGGGAAUCGGAGGCGACACGCACUUUGACUCGGAUGAGCCGUGGACGCUGGGCAACCCUAACCAUGACGGUAACGAUUUGUUCCUGGUAGCCGUCCACGAGCUCGGUCACGCGCUGGGCCUCGAACACUCAAACGACCCCACGGCCAUCAUGGCUCCUUUUUACCAGUACAUGGACACCGACAACUUCAAGCUACCCAUGGAUGACCUGCUGGGUAUCCAGAAGAUUUAUGGGCCUCCUGAUAAGAUUCCCCAGCCCACCAAGCCUUUGCCCACGGCGCCCCCUCCCCGCUCCCAUCCUCCUUCAGACCCCCGAAAGCCAGACAGGCAGACGCGACCCCCGAGGCUGCCUCCAGGGGACAGGCCGUCCCACCCGAACGCUAAACCCAACAUCUGCGACGGAGGCUUCAACACCCUGGCCAUCCUGAGAAGAGAGAUGUUCGUCUUCAAGGACCACUGGUUUUGGCGGGUGAGAGAUAACUCCGUGAUGCCGGGAUACCCCAUGCUCAUCAGCGUUUUCUGGAGGGGCCUGCCGGCAAAGAUCGAUGCGGUCUACGAGAACAGCGAGGGCAAGUUCGUCUUCUUCAAAGGAAAGCAGUUCUGGGUGUUUAAGGACACGGUGCUGCAAUCCGGGUACCCCAAGGAUAUCACCCAGUUCGGCCACGGCAUGCCGGCCCAGAGCAUCGAGACGGCCGUGUGGUGGGAAGACGUGGCCAAGACCUACUUCUUUAAAGGGGACAGGUAUUGGCGCUACAAUGAGGAUAUGAGAACCAUGGACCCUGGCUAUCCUAAGCCCAUCACAGUGUGGAGAGGUGUGCCUGAUUCGCCACAGGGGGCCUUCGUCGACAAAGCCAACGGUUUCACCUACUUCUACAAGGGGAAGGAGUACUGGAAGUUCAACAACCAGUUCCUGCGGGUGGAGCCGGGCUACCCGCGCUCCAUCCUCAAAGACUUCAUGGGCUGCGACCUGAUGCCCGUCGACCCCGGCCGCCCGCCGGCCGACGACGGCAACUCGGACGUGGUGAUCGAGCUGGACAACGAGGCCAACACGGUGAAGGCCAUCGCCAUCGUCAUCCCCUGCGUGCUCGCCCUGUGCCUGCUGGUGCUGGUCUACACCGUGGUGCAGUUCAAGAGGAAGGGCACGCCGCGCCACAUACUGUACUGCAAACGCUCCAUGCAGGAGUGGGUCUGAAACGUCGGGAAGAGACGGGGGGGGGGCGGGGGCGUGGGUGGGAGGAGAAGAUGGUGGGUACGGGACGGCGGCCCCCGCUUUCACGGAGAGGAGGAGGAGGACGGCGGACUUUGGACAGCUUUAUUAAAAACUUGAAAACAAUGCAGCCGUGCCACCUCCUCUUAGGUGAUCUGAUUCCUCAGACCCACAGGGACACACGGACACUCUAUCAGAGAUCCCUCGUAUUAAAGGCGACCCCAGGACCUAAAGCUGACUCUGCCAGCCCUGAGCCUUUUUAACAAACAGGGCGGCAGAGGGACAGUUUGCGAGCGGGGAGGGGGUCUCAGUCGGAAACGUCCUUCGGCCUCAGUCCAAAAGUAGGGGGAAAAAAAACAACAAAAACAAAAAAACUUGAGGGUCAGCAUCACUUUGUAUCUCAGAAACCUUUUAUUUCUCUGCCCCACUGCUUUUAUUCAGAGGGAGGACUUUUCAGGGCCACAGGGCGCUGCAUCGUCAUCUGUCAUAUCAGCCCGUUGGUAAAAAAAAACAAAAAAAAAACAACAACAGCUUUCUCUUUUCUGAUCAGGUCCCCCGCUUCAUUUAGUGUCGGAUAAGCGCGACUUAAUCCCAUUUACCAAUCACAAAUCUGUUUUCUGUCGCUUUUUCUGAUUUCGAGUUUCUUUUUUUUUUGGAAAAAAAAAAUUUUAGUUCAUUUGAGAGAAGGAGGUCCUCACGGUUCCCUUUAAGACACUCCUGAGACCAAACUAAACCAAAUAAAAUCUAUUUCUCUCCAAAGAGGAUCGCAUUACUUCUAUUUCUUCUUUUUACGCUUUUGUUUCUUUCUCUUUUUUUUUCUCAUUUCAGUUCGUUCUUCUUUUCCCUUCUCUGGAUCCGUGCAGCGAUUAAGAGUCGGGGAGCUCUGACUGUUGUGGCAGUCUGUUUGAGACACAGGGGCCAAAUUAUUCUGCAAUAUUUUAACUCGCCUUAAUUAUAGAUUAUACUACUUGUGCUUGUUUUGUUGUUUUUUUUGGUGUUUUUUUAUUUUAUUUUAUUUUAUUUGUAUACUGCUUUAGAUUUUUGUUUGUUUGUUGGUUUGUUAAAGAAGCUGAGUAACUUGCUUCUUGUGAUUGGUAUUUUCUGGGUUUUAUUACGUUACACGGGAUCCUCGGCACUGGCUUGCUGAGCCGUUCUGGACAGAAUAUACAGUCAGCCUGUACUAAGAGUAAUGUAUUGUAUCAUAAAAAAAAACAAAACAAAAAAAAAAGAUGUUGGAAGGUUCUGGAGUAAAGCCACUAUUUUUUUUUUUUCUUUUUGUGUGUGUUAAGAUAUUUGUUACUUUUAUUAUUUCCAUACGACAGAAAUCAGGCUAACGAGAGCUUGAGAGCUAAUGGAUUUGGCCCAUAUUGAAGAACAAGUUCAAGCGUGCAUCAAAACCCUUUUUUUUUUUUUUUUUUUUUUUUGUGAAAAAAAAAAAGAAAUGUUGACUGCCUUGUCUGAGAGAGCUCACACUUCCCAGAAUGCUCUUGUCCCGUGACUGAGGACCCACAGAGUGAGACACCGAGUCAAAGAUCAGUGCCUGUCUCAAUGUGCAUGCAAGCAUUUACUGGACACCCGACUGGUUCCACUCAGCGUGGCUUUGGAAACCCCUCAAAAGCAGAGGAGCAAGUUUUCUCUUAAAAAAAAUAAAAUAAACGACUGUUUGCAUUUUAUUUUUGUACCUUUUAGGUGUACCCCCUGCCCCCUCCCCCCAAACCACCACUUCCCUCCCUCCUUCCCUCCCUCCAGGUACAGUUAAAUCUAACAGAUAAGAUAAAAAAAGAUUCAAGUGGUACAUUUGUGAAACGAUUGGGAGACCUGACGGGUCAAAUUGGCCUCAACCGAACGUCGGCAAGCGCGUAGUGAGCAGUCUUUGAAUGUGUGUUUAUUUUCAUGAUCGCAUUACUGGUUUUUAUUUCUUUCCUAUUUUCUGGUCAAAACUAUUUGGACAUCUCACAAUGACUUCUUUGUGUAAGACUUUUGGGACGAGAGAGAAAAGAAAAAAAAAAGACUUGUCCCGAGUGAAUGAAUAAACUGAUCAAUAUAUGACUGAGAGCCGCCUUCAAACUCUCCGCUCGUCUUUUAACGUGUCUGCAAGAGCGUUUCCGGCGCGGGUUGUGCAAGUGUGUGUCCCGUCUUUUGCUGAGCUGUUUGGUCGCUGUUUGUGUGCUGUGGUGCUGUGAGCGUCCAGAAAUCACGUCAGAUCAUAACUUGGACCUGAACAUACCAAGAAAUAAGAGGAGAUUUUAGUUUAAAUUCAAAUUUAGAACUUCAGACUCAUGAUUCGCUUUUAAAAUUUACUUGAGCAUUUGGUGCAUUUGUUUCUCUUUUAUUUACACUUCAGGAAUUACCUGUUCUUCUCUGCCAACAACUAGCCUGAGCUAAUCUCUCAAUAAAACUUGAACUUUUUUUUUUUUUUUUUUUUUUUUACAUAUGUUAAACAAAAAGAUGUGUGAGCUUUAAGAGGUGCUAGAUAUUCUCAGACGGAAAGAGCGAGCCGCUUUCCAGUGGCUGUACUAUGCUAUGCUAAGCUAAGCUAGGCUAGGCUAGGCUAGGCUAAGCUAGCCAAUCGUUGUUUCAUGUUUACAAAAGCUCACACCUAACUAAGACAAAAUGUUUCCCCAAAACCACCGAAUCGUUCCUUUAAACGCAGCUCGACCCGGGCUAGCGUUCUCCGUCCGUCCAGCGCUCGCUGAGGGCUGACGUACAGUAAAAUCAGGGCAUUGGCUCAAAUCGCCUCACGCUCUGAACUCCAGUGAUUAACUGAGCCAGCAGCAGGAAAAAAUAAAAUAAGAAGUGGCGUUUUUUGGAUCCGGAGUAAUGUGUGUGUGUGUACGUGUUGAUCCGAGGGCUCAGCAGUUCUCCGGUUUAUUGCGCUUUUUUGGCGCGAUAAAAUACAAAAAAAAAAAAGGAUGCACGCUUCCCUGGGGUGCGGUGCUGGCAUUUGCCGCGGACUGAAUGUGAAACAGGAUCCUCGUGCGGCCCGGUGAUGUUUAUUCCAGCUUUAGCGGGGCACAUUUCACAUACGGUUACAGACAACAAAGAGGGAGAGGUCAAGCCAGUUUACUGACUCUGACUGUGUGUGGGUGGUGUGUGUGUGUGUGUGUGUGUAUAUGUGUGAUUAAAUUACACUCUUAGGGAUAACACUUCAUUUGUUCUCACUGUAGGACUGUUCACUAGUGAAAUUGCCUCUUUGCUUCUAGACAAAGGCAUUAUGUGCUCAGCUAUGUUUAGUUCGGUGCUUUUUCCAGAGGCUUUUACUUGUUGUCUGUCUUCCCUCCGUCCCUGUGAAGGCAGGACUUGGAGUGUGUCCUCAUACGUCCCAGGGUUGUGUUUACUGUAUGUAUGAGUCCUCCCGCAGCGAUACAAGCAGUCGAGUUAGUUAGAAAGUCCCACAGCGCCGAGAAAAGAGCUGUUAAAGAAGUUAAAAGUCUCCUAACUCCACUUUGCUUUUCCCAUCAGUGCGUGUGCGUGCGUCUGGUUUCUGAUACGUCUCAUUGUGCAUCUUGAUCGCGCGCAUGCCUGCUGGAUGAUGCGUGAGAUUGUGUGUGUGUGUGUGUGUGUGUGUGUGUGUGUGUGUUUUCGCAAGCUCGUCCGCUUCACAACUGGAGACUGGACAGAACCCUGCGGGCCCAGCAGCAUCUUCUGCGCCUGCCAGGCUAAAACAUUGGUGCUAAACUGACCUACACUGGCCAGGGCUGUUUUUCCACAGUGCUAUUUCUGUCAGCACUCCUCCUCCUCCUCCUCCUCCUCCUCCUCCUCCUCCUCCCGCUGUCACUGGCUCAAAGCUUGAAUGAUUACAACAGGAUCCAAAGUCAUACAUUUUCAUUUAACCUGAGUCCUUAUGGUGCACCACUUAGCCUCUUGGGUUAAGGACCAUAUAUCCUAGCGGUGAUUAUUAGCGCAACGUAGCGAAGUAGCUCAUUGAAGGUCAGGAGGGAUCAAAUUAUUGCCACGCACAGAGAUCAGUGGGUGCUAUUCUGCACCAGGGAGGCUCAUAAAGAAAUAAUAAUAAAAAAAAACAAACAAACAGAUGAUCCAUGCUUGUCAGAUCAUUACGAUGACAUGAUAUGUGUUUACUGACACGGACCUUACAACUCAAAGCCCUUAACUUAGGCUUCAGUCUUUAGCAUGUCCAGCUAAUUAGCUUUUAGCUUAGCAUUUAAGAGUUAGAUCCAUUUCACUUUUUGGGGGGGCGGGGAGGUUAUAGGUCACAUACAAAAAUAAAAUCCAUAGUCUAGUACACCUAUUACGAUGAAGUCGAUCCUGGAAGCUAGCAAAGCGUUGGCUUACAUUAGCAGCCGGUGAGGAUGCUAGCUGUGACAUGUAGCGUUAGCGAGGACAGCACAUUUUAAGCCACUUAUGGCUCAUAAAAGGCUUUUCCAGGAACAUUAAAAAGUCGGGCACUUACAGCCUUUUCAUCCAAGUUGUGUAGCACUGUGCCAGUAAAUCAAACGUUCCCAAAGAGAAAUGAGAUGCUCAUGCAGCCGCUGUUUCAUUAUUACCGUGACUUUCGAGUGGUAACUAUGUCACCGCCGUCUCUGUAAACUACGCGUCCCUACGAGAAUAAAGAGCUUGACAGGAAUAGACAAGAGGAAGGAGGGCUUGGCGAACCAUCAAUCGAGCUGUCCAAUCAUGUCCUUAUGUUCGGGAAUGCACUCUGAUGACACCCAUUUUUUUUUCUUUUUUUUUCGAAAAUGUCAGUUCUUUUUAUACCAUGUUUGUUUUUUUUGCGUGUGUUUUUUUCAGUGAAUGUCUCUCUGCAUUGUUUUUCUGUUGUCGUCCGUCUUCAGAAGCGCCGCUCUGUCGAUCAAUAAAUAACGUUUGAAAUGA